CGUAACUGCACAACUUCCUGGUGAUCAUGGCCGUCAUGCAUCCAUCCAUAACUUACUGAUCCAACCCGUCAAGCCGUUCAUCCAACUCGCCUUGUUCAUGUCCCCUUUGGACAUUUCUUGCAAGCCCGUGUCUCCGGCCGUUUGCUUCAGGCUAUUCUUAGCCAACGGUGUGGCCUGAUCAGCCAACUAUAUAAGAUAACCAUGAUCCUCCUCGAACGCUGAGCGUCUCACCUCUUCCUCCACCACCCACCACUUCGGGAUGCGUUCCGCACUCGCGCACGCCGCCCACAGGCGAGCCGAACGGCGUCAGCGAGCCAGCUCCCUGUCCACCGUUCCGCCCGCCGUGACGUCCAGCGAGUACAGCCGCGAGCUUGCCUCCAUCGCCGCCGCCGUCCUCUAUCCCUCCCCGCUACCCGCCCAGUCCGGUCGACGCGUCUACAUCCUCAACGCCGCCGCCUUUCCCGACGCCUUCGAGGCCGACUACGACAGCCUGCUGUCAUAUGUCCUGGCCAGACUCCCCAGCGAAGAUGAGCUGCUGUCGGGCACCGAAUACGAGAUCAUCUUCUUUGCCGGUGGCCAGCCCGACAAUGUCUCGGUGGAGAAAAAGCAAGGACCCGGCAUGGGUUGGUACCUCCAGGCCUACCAUGUGCUUAGCCGCGCAACGAGAAAGAGAUUACAACGCAUCUACAUUGUGCAUCCGCGAACAUGGGUGCGCGUGUUGCUCGGCGUCUUCGGGACGAUAGUGUCGCCCAAGUUCCGCCGGAAGAUUGUGCAUGUCAACACCCUAUCCGCGUUGGCCUUGCAGAUUCCCGUGGAGAAGCUGUUGAUCCCGCCGGCAGUCUACCUGCACGACCGGAAGCUGUCGCCGGACAUCUAUGUCCCGUACGUGACGGGCAAGCGUGCUUUCGGGGUCAAACAUCCGCUGCCCAAGAACAUCAGCACGGGAGAAACGAGGAUUCCCCGCGUACUACGGGAAACGACGACGCUCUUGAUCGAUCCUUCGUGCAUCCGCAGAGAGGGCCUAUUCCGCAUCCCUGCACACGCUACCUUGGCGGGUGUGCUGAAGGAAGCCUACGAUCGCGGGCAGUACUUCCUAGUGUGGAAAGAACAGGGGGUCACGGUGGUGCAGCCCGGCAUCGACCGGACUCUGGUGGACGAGGUGCGACUGGAAGAGGCGUACGGAGUCCAUCUCGCUGCUUCUCUGAUUAAGCAAUGGUAUCGCGAUCUGCGAGAGCCCGUCUUUCCGGAAUCGAGUUACCACUGGGUGAACGAGAAGUACAGCGAUCCGGAGACCCCGGUGACUCCCGAGGGGCUUACCGACAUCCUCUUGCCCAUGUCGGACCUCUCCCCCCUUACACACACGGCGCGGCAGAUCCUGACGAGACACCUGCUCCCGCUUCUGUCGGAAGUCGCUGCUCACCACGAAGAGAACAAGAUGACUGCGGAGAAUCUAGCCAUUCUGUUUUCGAUGUGCCUCGUCUGUGGUGGAGAUCAGCUGCAGGAUGCCAAGGUGGCCUCCAUCAUCAAACGGCUCCUGAAGGCUGCCAUCGAAAUCUGGCCCCAACUCCGCGAUGGCAUGGGGAUGUCGGUUGACGCAUUCCACACGGAUAUGCAGCCUCCGUCUGAUCUCCGAGAAUAUGAGGAUCCUUUGGAAGAGAACUUGCCUCCACCCAAGACUCAGCUCCAACACAAGGACGUUGAGUUUGAGCCGGACGAAGAGGAGGAGACUGAAGGACAUCGCAUUACACUGGAAGACGCGGAGACCAGUCCCCAAAAGAAAGCACCUCCCAAAUUACCGCCGCGGAUAUUGGACAGAUCGGUGCCGGAGCGGAAUCCAACGCUGGCCCCACGGCCGCUCAUUCUUUCCGUUGCUUCAUCAACCUCAUCGUCUACUUCAGCCGGCGACCCGACAGUCGUGCCAAAGAGAAAACCCGCGCCUCCAGUCGUCGAUCCGCCUCGUUAUUCGAGCAUGUUCGAUGCGGACGGCAACUCGAUACAUGUGGCAGACUCCCCUUCGAGCUACGUACCAGCUGAUGGAUUCGGCCCGCCGAAGCGCGGUGCGUGGAGUAUCGACAGCCUCGACAAGAGGCGUGCAGUCAAUGGAGAAGCAGAGCAAUCGACCACUCCGCCGGCUGCUAUCAACAUGCCGAAGCGUAAAGCCGUCUCUGCCGAGCACAGGGUUGUUGAGCCGGUAGCGCCCUCUCAGGAUGCGGACCAGAACAGUACUAGGAGCUCGUCUGACGGAAGCACACUUGCCAAGAUGGCGGCGCAGAAGGCGGCGGUGAUGAUGGGACGAAGGGAAAGCGCCGCUUCCGAGACGUCCAAUCCCACCACCAUCGCCGGCCCAGCAAGCAAUGUUGCAACAGAAGACGACGGGGUAUUUCGGAAGCCUACAUGGCCCGCAUCCGCCCGUCCUCAGUCCCUUGCGAAACCGGUGCAGCCGAUCAGAGCGGCUCAGACAUUUCCAGUUUCGACGAACGGGUCUUACGGAGCAACACCAGGCGGGCCCAGACCACGCACGCCGUCUCCUGGUCUGCUGAGGAGGAUGAGCGCAAUGGAAGUGGGCAGUAAUGGCACGGGCUCCACAUCACGGCCAGUGGUGGAGGAGCCGAGAAGGCUCGACCUCAGGCGGCCAUCGGUGGAUGAUUUGAAGCGGCUGUACGAGGAGCGUGCCAGCACGGUAUUGGGGCUGGCGAAGGCGGCGGAUGCUGCUAGGAGGGCAUCGACGUCAAACUAGAUGUUUGUAGUUUGGAAGCGAGGGUCGGCGCUGGUGGAGCGUUCUGCACGGCGUUUGGAAUAUGGAAGGGUGCAUCACUUGGCGUCUUUGCUUACGGCAGAGCAUUGGGACAUUGAAGCAUUGGGAAGCGGGUUGAAACCUAGGAUAGAUGGAAAGUUUUAAUGUAGUCACACCUAAUGCAUGCUGCAUGGAGCUG